AUGCCUCCCGCGGGGCCGCGGCGCAAGACGGCCAGGGCGCUGCAGGCCAAGGGCGGCCAGGCGGCGUCCGCGAUGUCGUGCCAAUCCAGCCAGAACCGCUGGUCGGUCGGCCCGGGGGGGAGGGACCGCAAGCGCGGCCGCGCUCCCGGCCCCGAGGCGACGCUGCGGCCGGACAUGGCCGAUCUGAACCGUCGCGAUCCCUCCCACAAGAUGGCCUCCAGCGCCGCGGGCCAGAGCGUCACGUCCAUGCGCUCCACCUUCGAUACCCUGAGGCGCGACCCGAUCGGCUCCGAGACGGCGGAGGGAUCCUGGCAACAGGGAUGCGGGUCGGUGGCGCUGGUGCCGUGGCGGCUGGCCGCGGCGCCCGAGUCCGGCGCCCUGGAGGGAUCCGCGAGGGCGCAUCGGGCCGGGGGCGACGCCUGGGGAUCGGAUUCGAUCGGUCAGCGCGCGCCCGGGGCGACUGGGGCCGGGCGGAGCGGCGGGAAGGGCGGCGCACGCGCACCGCAUUUGGCAUCGGCGGGUAGCCUUUCGGGUGUGGAGUGCCUGUCGGUGUCUGUGGCGCAGCCCUCCCUCGGCAACCGGGCCCGGGUGACCGAUCACCAUUGCCACGACAGCGCAUCGUUCGACCCUGAUGACCGCGUUGCUCCCGUCGAGCGAUCCGAGGCGUCGAUCAACAUCGCCGCAUGGGCGCCGCCCGCCGCACGUCGCCCAACGGUCGUCAGUCGUCGUUGCGGGGCCAGGCGGCGGGCCGCGGCGCGAUCCGGGCGAUCCGGGAGGAGGGCGAUUGAUGAAGCCCUGGGGGCGCUGCAGUGGGAGGCGUCGCAGGCGCGGGCGAGGUCUUCCGGCGUGGGGCGGACGGGCGGCGACGCGGCGGAGCGCGAUGACGCAAACUCAAGGGAUCCCGUCGACCGCGUUUCGCAGUGCCUGGCGCUUCCCGGCGGCCCACCGGAGGCGGGGGACGCAAAAGACCGCCCCGAGACGUCCGGGACGUCGUCCAGGGGCGCCGGGGUGCCCAUGGCAUGCAUGGCGGGUGCUUCCUGCGCUGGGCAAGGGGCGUCCAGGGGUGGUGAAGAGGCGACGGGAUCCGAGGGCGGGAUCGCGCUUGGGGCGAGACGCGGCUGGGAGCGGGGUGGCGUCGGCGACAGCGACGGCGAGCAGGGCGAGAACUCGGGGCUGCCGAAGGACGCAUUUGCGGGGGAGUAUUACAGCUCUGAAGAUGAGUACGUCCCACCCCGGCACCCCAGGUGGUGCGAUGCCGAGGAGUGA